AUCGGGCUGAAGGAUAUUGGAACGGGGAGCUAUACGACGACGCUCUCAAGGACGAUCUCAAGGCCGAGGCCGACGUUUGUUCAAGCUGCGUCGAGGCAUACAGUGGUUUACAUAUUGUCGUCCUGCAAGGUGUCAAUAGUGUUGAGCACAGAGGCAAUCCUGGGAAGUUUGUCGCUUCGGUGAGAACGAGACGGAACGGAAGGGCUACGAUUCAGCUACUCGAAGUGCGGCUGGCGACAUGCAACACAACCGGAGGCGAAAACAAUAGGCUCAUUAACGUUCGCCCGGACCAUGGCAGGGAGCGACAUGCAAAGGGUCCUCAUCCUCAGCUGGACAAUGGUAUCAGUAUUCUGAUCCUGACUAUACCAGAAAUCGUGGAGAGUGUCUACGACUGUGCAUCUGAAGGCCUCGUCACAAGGAAGUGUUCUAGAACUUCUCAGCCUCUCGCAAUGCUCCGACGUUUGAUUCCAUUCUGGGGCUCCCGACGGAGUGCCCUCGCAAUUGAUCGCCAGACUCAGCUGCUCAGCGCGUCCAGGGGGUGUUAUAGUGGUUGCUACAUGUACGCAGCACACGACAAUGCUGUUUGUUUGCGCACGCUCGCAAUAGCGCGGGAGGACCCCAUGUUGGAUAUUGGUGCCAUGGUUGAGUUCAGCUCUUGGACAGGGGCAUUGGGGGCUUAUUCUCGAAACAGCGAGAUGGGCAAACUAUGCGUGUAUCUUGAUGGGAAUUGCUUCCAGAGGUUGGAUGUCGCCAUGCACCACGCGCAUUGA